AUGGGAAAGAUUAUCUUCUACGAGGACAGAAACUUUGGAGGCCGUUACUAUGAGUGCACAAGCGACUGCGCUGAUCUGCACUCCAUGUUUGACCACUGCCGCUCCAUCCGGGUGGAGAGCGGCAUGUUCAUGAUCUACGACCGACCGGGCUUCGUGGGGAACCAGUACUUCAUGAGGAGGGGAGAGUACUCAGACUACAUGGGCAUGACCGGCAUGAAUGACUGUGUCAAGUCCUGCCGCAUAAUCCCCUCGGUAAAUGGUCUCAGCUUCAGGAUGAGGCUGUAUGAGCACUUUGACAUGGGAGGCGAGAUGAUGGAGCUGGUGGACGACUGUCCCAACCUCAUGGACCGCUUCCGGCUCUUCAACUUCAACUCCUGUUAUGUGAUGGACGGCCACUGGCUGCUGUACGAGCAGCCCAACUACAGGGGGCGUCACUACUACCUGAGGCCUGGCCAGUACAGGAGCUUCAGUGAGUGGAGCGCCAUGAGCUCCAGGAUCGGCUCCAUCAGGCGUCUCAUGGAGCUCUAA